AUGUCAUCCACCGGCAUCGAGCGAGCGGGACACCGCGACGGCCUUCCGAAUUAUGGAGGCGGCUACUCCGAACAUGGCCGUUUCCCCGAUGAGAAGGGCGUCGGUGAGCCAUAUGGCGAACCCUUAGACGGCGGAUUUCGGUCUUCGCUCGAUUCUGGCGACAAGGGAGACCAUACUCACCGCAAGCUCAAGUCGCGCCACAUCCAACUGAUUGGCAUUGGCGGAACAAUUGGAACCGCUCUUUACGUUCAAAUCGGAAGGGGUUUGCUCAAUGGCGGCCCCGCCAGCUUAUUCCUCGCCUUCACCAUCUGGUGUACUUUCAUCCUGGCCGUGACCCUGAGCAUGGCUGAGAUGGUCACCUACCUCCCGAUUUCGAGUCCCUUCAUCCGCUUCGCCGGUCGCUACGUCGAUGAGGCCUUUGGGUUCGCUGCCGGCUGGAACUUUUUCGUCUUUGAGGCUGCUCUUGUACCGUUUGAGGUCGUCGCCUGCAACCUCAUCAUCCACUUUUGGAGCGACGUCGUACCCGCUGGAGGCAUCAUUGCCAUCAUUCUCGUCCUUUAUGGUAUUAUCAAUGUCAUGGCGGUGCAGUGGUACGGCGAGACAGAGUUCUGGGCUGCGCUUGGCAAGUUCUUGCUCAUCGUGGGACUCAUCAUCUUUACGUUCAUCGUCAUGCUGGGAGGAAACCCGCUUGGAGACAGAUUCGGCUUCCGAUACUGGUACGAACCAGGCGCAUUCACAGAGCUAUACUACAGCGGCUCCCUCGGACGCUUUCUCGGCUUCCUGCAAUGCCUGAUCCAGGCUUCUUUCACCAUCGCAGGACCGGACUACGUUGCCAUGGCCGCCGGCGAGGCCGAGAACCCGCGCAAAGUCAUGCCCCGCGCCUUCAACGCCGUCUUCUACCGCCUGACCGCCUUCUUCGUCCUUGGCUCCCUCUGCGUCGGCAUCCUCGUCCCCUACAACGACGAAGAGCUUACCCGCGCCUUCAAGGACGGCGAACCCGGCGCCUCGGCCUCGCCCUACGUCGUCGCCAUGAAUCGCCUCAAGAUCAGCGGCCUGCCCCACAUCGUCAACGCCAUGGUCCUCACAGCCGCCUUCUCUGCGGGUAAUUCGUACGUCUACUGUGCUUCACGAUCGCUGUACGGACUGGCACUUGAGGGCAAGGCGCCCGCGUUUUUCAAGAAGUGCACGAAGAAGGGCGUUCCGGUCUACUGCGUCAUCGCCGUCUUGCUCAUCGGCCUGCUCAGCUUCCUGCAACUCAGUGCCAACACUGCUGUUGUGCUGAAUUGGUUUGUGAGCUUGGUCACCGCGUCGCAGUUGAUCAACUUCUCCUGCAUGUGCACGGCAUAUCUUGGGUUCUAUCGUGCGCUCAAGGCUCAAGGCAUCAGUCGCGAUACCCUUCCCUACAAGGCUUGGUUCCAGCCGUACGCUGCCUGGUACGGUCUCAUCGGCACCUUCAUCAUGACGUUCGUUGGAGGGUACACCGUUUUCUUGCCUCUGGAUGGAUACUGGAGUAUCCCUGAUUUUCUCUUCUCCACGAGGUAUACAAUGGUCGGCAUUUUCCCUGUGCUGUACCUGGGCUGGAAAUUCCUCAAGAAGACCAAGAUCUUCAAACCUGAAGAGGUCGACCUGUACCGCAACAAGGAUGAGAUUGACGAGUAUGAGAGGACGUUCGUACCUACUCCUGCCAAGAACGUCUUUGAAAAGAUUCCAUCUCUAUUUUCUACCAUCGGCUCCCCGUCACCAUGGCCGGUCAGAGCUCCUCCCUCGCGCGCUGACCGCUUCGGAUCUGGCCCAUGGCCACCUGCAGCUACGCCGUUCACCCCAAUCACCCUGUUCGCUAACGAAGCGGGUAUUUCAGGUUAUGACGUUGAGCUUGGUUGGCACGCACUAUCCGGAGAACAAAGGGUAACGUGCCGUGCUUGGUCGGAGAUGCUACGAUGUGAGACUGGGGCUCAGCAUGAGACAGCUCUAGCCGAAUGGCCGGCAGCUUUUGCUCUUCCAUUUGCAGGAGAGCAUCAGCAACAAGGGAGGAACUUGGCAGGGCUUGCGAGCCGUGGGGAGAGGCUUCCUGGCGUGCCUGCGCGCCCGGGGAUGAUCACCGGGCUGAGCGUGUUUCGCGAUGAGCAAGAAAAUGACUGGCAGGAAGUGUUGAGACGGUGGGAAGCUCUGCCUGAAGAGGAGAGACAUGCGUAUGAGGCGAGGGCUGCGACGGAUAACGCUGCUACAAGAGCUACUUUUGAUGAAGGGAGAGUAUCAUGA